AUGUGGAAAUCCGAAGCACUCCAAAACAGCACCCCCUCCGAUCUCAUUAUUAUAGACAACAACUACCUCUCCCGAAUCCGGUACCGACAAGAGACCUUGUCGCUGCAUGCAGAUGAAGUGAUGGGUGUUUUGCCUGAAGGUCGUGAGGCUGUUAGGGAGUUGUACACUUAUUUGCUGGGGGAGUAUUUGCCGGUUAGGUAUCCGGGGAUGUUUCGGGUUGUUUCGGGCACUGGUGAGGAUGAGGGUGAAGAGACAGGGAAGACGUUCCAGAACCUCAUCACCAACGCUUCCUUUCGGCUAUUCCCGCCUCCUUCAGACCCGCUGGACUGUUUAAGGGUAAUAGCGCAGACGGUGGAAGAUGAUUUCUUCCUUUUGCUUCCCUUUCCCUGUUCUUCCCCCCCUUCUGUCCCUUCCGCUUCUUCUCCUGCCUCACUAUCCUCACCAUCCUGCACAUCCCCAACCAACCCCAGCCCCAACUCCCCCAGCGAUACCACCACCCCUAAUACCAGCACGCAAACACAACAUUACUGCGUCGCCUUCCUCAACAUCCACCCCUCAGGCUUCACCCCCCUCUCAAACUCGUUACAUUCGGAGCUGUACUCGCCUAGUGGGAACCAUGUACAUCAGGAGGAUUUGGACUCGGGGAGGGUGGCGAUGGAGGAGGUGAAACCUGAGGAUUUUGGGGAUACAGAAGCGGAGGAGGCGAGGUUGAGGGUUGAAUUGCAGGGAUGUUGGAGGUUGAGAGAGACAAAGGCAGUGGUUUUUGGGUUUAAAACUUAUUUGUAUGGACUUAAAGAGGUGAAGGGGGAGGUGGUGGAUGUGGAAAUGGAGGGAGAUGGGAAGGGUAAUGGGGGAAAGGGGAACACGGAAAAGAUGAAAAUGGGAGAAGCAUUGGCGCAGGCUAUUGAAGGAUUGGGAGAGGGGAACGCACCGGGGAUGUGGAGGUAUAAGGGGGCUGUGAGAUGGGGAGGGGCGGUGGUUAGGUGGUUGAGGAGUUGA